AUGUCUACUCCCACCUACUUUAACAAAUAUCCCCCAUUUCCCUCCAAUAUCCCAGUGGCAGAUUUGCUCAUUUUAUCCUUCGCUAAGCUUGCAGCCAAUGAUGGACACGAGUCCCGUGCUCUUUUCGAAGCCAGUCGUCAUAUAGGCUUCUUCCAGCUUGAUUUUACUGGGUGUUUGUUUGGUGAUCAAUUUCUCAAGGAUACCGAGAAAACGUUCGACUUGAAUGCAGAAUUAUAUGCACUCUCUAAGUUGGAGCUUGAUGAAUAUGCCUACAAUCCUCCAAUUUCUCUAUUUCGCUACAAGCCCUUGGGUUAUCACAAGAUUGGCAAAGUCGGAGAUCGAGUCGAGCUCUACGGAAUCAGUCACGAUGACAUAACUGGAGCUUCUGAGCCCCUUGCCAACCCGGGCUGUAUCGAACGUUGUCGCCCGCAAUUAAAGACAUAUAUUGAACAGGCCAACGAGAUUGUAAAUAUCAUUCUCGGACAUUUGGAAAAACAUCUGAAGCUUCCACUGGGUACUUUCGCACAGUUACAUUCGAUGACGAAGCCAAGCGGCAGUGUUUUACGCAUGCUGAAGUAUGAGCCUCAGCCAGCCGAUGAUCGCCGUACUGCCAUGAUGGGAUAUACCGAUAUCACUGCACUAACCCUUCUUUUUAGUGCAACUGGAGGUCUCCAGAUUCUUGACGAUGACGCGGAUCCUCAUCUUGAGUCUUCUUGGACUCAUAUUAAACCUCGGCCAUCAACCUGUAUAGUCAACCUUGGCGAUGCAAUGGUUGAAUGGACUGGUGGGAUUCUUCGCUCAGCUAUGCAUCGUGUCACCUCUCCCCCAGGCGAUCAGUCAUCUAUGACCCGCUAUGUAGUUGGUUACUUUUCCCGCCCUGCUGGUGAUUCCCUCAUGAAACGACUAGCACCUCCCGAGUAUCCUUCUUCCCUCAUACCACCAGUCGAGGAGGGAGAGAACUCUGAAAAUGACAUGAAUGCGAGAGAUUGGGAGUGGCAUAAACUUUCCUCAGUUAAGGCAGGUAAUAUAGGGGGAAGCUUGGGCGGUAAACCAUUUGAGCCCCAGAAAGAUCUAAAAGAAUUGUUCCCCGCUAUUGUUGAUGCCAUUUGA